UCAAAACUAAUUCUCAUAUCGAAUCUCAUACUCUCAGUUGCUUUUCUAUUGUGCGGAGAAACCAAAACCAAAGAUGGCUGACAAAUCCCAGACUCAGAACAUCAGCGAGAAAGCUGGCGAGGCCAAGGCCCAUGCUCAGAUGAACAAGGACCAGAUGAUGGAUAAAACAACUGGUGCUGUCAAUUCUGCCAAGGAAUCGUGUCAAGAGACUGGUCAGCAAAUGAAAUCCAAGGCAGAAGGAGCUACGGAAUCUGUCAAGAACGCAAUGGGCAUGAACAAAUGAAAAUUAUAAUCUAUAUAUAUAUAUAUAUAUUUUUUUUUUUUUAAUUCUUUUUUUGUGCUUUAAUUGAAGAAUAGCUGAUUAUUCUUCUUGUUCCUUCAACAAUGAUGAGUGCUCUCCAAACGGAUGGAGCUGUAAGAUUGAACCUCAAUCAAUAAAGUUUUGUAGUAGCAACGAAUUCUUCUA